AUGAAGGUGACGCCAUCGAUGCUUCGACGCGUCGUGGUGUUCGGCGGCAGCGGAUACGUGGGGAGCGCCAUCGCGAGGGCGCUGACGCUGGUGACGACGUCACCGGCUGUCAAGGCGACGACGCAAACGACGUCGAGCGAUGCGGCGAAGGCGGACGCGAAGGCGGACGCGAGCGAUGCCGUCGAUAUCGUGUGCGCGUCUCGCACGGGCGCACCUCCGUCUUGGGCGCGCGACGAACCGUGGGCGGCGCGCGCGCGUUGGGUAAAGUGCGACGCGCUCGACGUCGCGCAGUGUCGAGAAACCGUACGAGGGGCUACCGCGGUCGUCACCGCGAUAGGUGGCUUACCAUUUCCUUGGCUCAAAGCUGAAGAAAUCGUGCGAACAAACGGGGCGACGAACGUGAUUCCCGGUCGAGCGGCGAUGGAAGAGGGCGUGCGAAGAUUGGUCGUUGUCGGAGCCUCGAUUCCGCCAUUCGUGCCUGGUCUCGCGUCUUACGCCGAGGGCAAGGCUCAGGUGGAGGCGUUCGCGCGAGACGAAUUUGCGAGUGAAAGCAACGGACGGCGUGCGUUCAUACUCAAGCCCGCGGCAGUGAGCGGGACGCGCAGAAUGGGUGGCGGCGUAACGCUUCCUUUGUCGCUCGUCAUGGACCCGACGCGAGCGAUUUUACGCGCGUGCGGCGGCGCGCUCGUCGAAAAUGCUCCAGUUCCUUUGGAAAACGUUGCGCGAGCGGCGGUGAAAGCGGCGCUAGAUGACGCGUACGGCAACGAUGGGUUCACGAUGAUCACGAACAAGUCACUCAUCGAGGACUUUGGUGGCGAAGUCGCGUAG